AAAGGUUGGCAAUGAUUUUUCAUUCACUUUUUGAACGUCAUAGCAGAAUCUUAUGACAAUUGAGUCGAUUCUGGUUACAUCAUUUAAUAGUUAUACAAUUUAAAUUUUAUAUAUAUUAUGUGCAUACAGAAAAAAUUAUUGCAUGUUGAUAAUGUAUAAGAUAUUUUCUUUAUAUGGAGAAUUAUGUGCUACGCAUCCAUGGGAAGUUAUUUUUACUAUUAUAGCAUUUACGACAUGUUUUUUAACAUUGGAUAAACCCCAUACAAUAAAACCUAAUACGUUAUCUUCAUCAUGUACUACAUGCACCGAAGACCAUUUUGUAGCUGCCGAUAUAGUAGUAAUGACAAUAAUUAGAUGUCUUGCUAUUCUUUACAGCUAUCAUCAAUUUAGAAAUCUGCAGAAAUUAGGAUCAAAAUAUAUUUUAGGUUUUGCUGGACUUUUUGUUGUAUUUUCAAGCUUUGUUUUUACAUCUGCAGUACUAAAUACACUCCACAUUGAAUUAUCAGAUUUAAAAGAUGCUUUAUUCUUCUUUUUAUUGAUGAUUGAUAUGUCAAAAGCUGCCAAAUUGGCUCAAUAUGCACUCUCUGCAUCCAAUCAAAGUGAAAUUAAAACUAAUAUAUCACGGGGAGUUGCAGUUUUGGGACCUACUAUAACUUUGGAUACUAUUGUAGAAACGUUGGUAAUAGGAAUGGGUACACUAUCUGGUGUUCACCGCUUAGAAAUGCUUUCCUAUUUUGCUUGUAUGUCAGUAAUUGUUAAUUAUGUUAUUUUAUUAUCAUUUUAUCCAGCAUGUCUUGCUCUAAUGUUGGAUUUAAGUAAAAUUACUGAUAAUUACUUGCAACAUGAAGACAGUAAUGUACUGGUAGAUGAGAAAGAUAAAUCAAAUCCAGCUGCCCAGAGAGUGAAAUUGAUAAUGUCUAUUGUACUCACAAUAGUUCAUAUUUACAGUCGUUGGACAAUACAAACAGAAAACUUUAAUGAUGUUAAUGGCAACAAGACGGAUACCCCUUGUACCGAAAGUAGUUCAAUUUAUGGGUUUUUAUUAAAACAAUUUGCAUUAAGUGCCGACCAUAUAGUAAUUUUAGUGUUAUUAAUAACUCUGUUAGUUAAAUUUAUUUAUUUCGAAAAUAAGGAUGAUUUUGAACACAAUAAUGAAUUUAUAGUUGAUACACAUAAAGAUAACAGAUUGGCAAAAAGGCAAGAAAGAACGAUUUCUAGUAGUGUAGAAGUCCAAACUGAUGAAGAUAUUGAAAAAAUAUUUGAAUCUUCAGAACCAAAUUCUACUCGAAGUUUACAAGACUGUCUGCAGUUACUGCGAACUGAUAAAGCUUAUGAGCUUUCUGAUAAAGAAAUUAUCAAUCUAGUAGAUACUAAACAUAUUCCUGCAUAUACCUUAGAAAAAGCACUGAAAAAUCCAGCAAGGGGCGUUAAAAUUAGGAGACAAAUACUUCAAAAUAUGUUGAAGUAUAAAGAAUCUAUUAAUUAUUUACCUUAUCAGAGUUAUGAUUACAGCAAGGUAAUGGGUGCAUGUUGUGAAAAUGUAAUAGGUUAUGUUCCUGUACCUGUGGGGAUUGCUGGACCUCUUGUUUUAGACAAUAAAUGUUUCUACAUUCCAAUGGCAACAACUGAAGGCUGCUUAGUAGCUAGUACAAAUAGAGGCUGUAGGGCAAUUGAAAAAAAUGGAGUAAAAAGCAGAAUAGUAGCUGAUGGUAUGACUAGAGGACCUGUUAUUAGAUUUAGAUCAAUAGUAACUGCCACAGAAGCACUACAAUGGUCCAAAAAGGAAGAAAAUUUUUUGAUUUUGAAGAAUGCAUUUGAUUCAACAAGUAGAUAUGCUAGACUUCUUAAAACUACCACACAUAUGGCUGGACGCUAUCUUUUUAUUAGAUUUGUAGCUGAAACAGGAGAUGCAAUGGGCAUGAAUAUGAUCUCGAAAGGUACUGAGAAAGCUCUCAGUGCAAUGAAAUUACACUUUCCAGAUAUGGAAGUAUUGAGUUUAAGUGGAAAUGUAUGUACUGAUAAAAAACCAUCUGGGAUAAAUUGGAUAGAAGGCAGAGGAAAAUCUGUAGUUUGUGAAGCGAUUAUUCCCGAUCAUGUUGUUUCAUCUGUUCUGAAAACAACCAGUUCAGCAAUGGUUGAUUUGAAUAUUUCAAAAAAUUUAAUUGGCUCAGCAGUUGCUGGUAGUAUAGGUGGUUUUAAUGCCCACGCAGCUAAUAUAGUAACUGCUAUCUUUAUAGCUACAGGUCAAGAUGCUGCACAAAAUGUCUCAAGUAGUAAUUGUUUGACGAUUAUGGAACCUUGGGGUGAAAAUGGCGAGGAUCUAUAUAUAUCGUGCACAAUGCCUUCCAUAGAAAUAGGAACUAUUGGAGGUGGCACAAUCCUACCUGCUCAACAAGCCUCUCUAAAAAUAUUAGGCGUAGCUGGUCCCAAUGAAACUUCACCGGGAGACAAUGCCAAACAACUUGCUAGAAUAGUAUGUGGAACUGUAUUAGCGGGAGAAUUGUCGUUAAUGGCGGCAUUAGCUAGUGGACAAUUAGUGAAGAGCCAUUUGAAGUACAAUAGGUCUUACACCAGUAGAGAUAAUUCAAGUUUAAGUAGAGAUCUUUAUGGGAGCUCAUGUGAUUCGACAAAAAUAACUUAGAUGUGAUACUGAUUUUAUUAAAUGAUUUAUUUUUAUUUCAAGCUAUUUUAUCAUUUGUUCUAUUUUCAGAGUGAUGAUAAUAAAUUGAUGGUGCUAAUUCAUCAACACAUAAUCUUUACUUUGGGUUUCUGAAGUUAGAAACUUGAUUAUCGAAAUGAGAGAGUAAUUGUAAGCGUUAAAAUGUAGUGAUAUUGUCCUUAUCGCAUUAUGUUCUUUUGUAUAGUAGAGAAUUUCGAGGGUCUUUUGGCCCUAAAGUUAUUAGAUAACCUAUUUUAUAGUGGAAUGUAAGUAGGUGGCAAAUUGGGUAGUUUAUUAUCGGGUUUUUCCAUAUAAGGCAAUUGUGACUGUUGAUGGUGUUCUACCGAAUUUUCUCAAUGUUAAAGCAUUUGAGAUAGAUGGGUGCCACUUUUAUUAAUUGAAUUGGACUAAUAUAAUUUUUGAAAAUGAAAUUAAUUCAUUUUCUAACAUAUGAGAAUAACAGUUAUAUAAACAGGUCAACUUGUAUUCCAUUAUUAUUAAAGUAUUUAUCAGUUGAUUAUGUUUUUAUGAAAUUAUGUCAACAAAAUUGAUGAAUUUCGUGUUUAUUGAUUGUAAUUCACUUAAUUGCUUAACCUUAAUAAGCAUUAUAGUGCAACAUACUAUGAGAGUGUAACGAUGUAUUAUAAACCAGUAAAAAUCAAAUCUUACUGUUACUUGAAAAUCAUUUACAAAUGCGGAAAAUUCAUCGGUUUGUUUCCUUGGAAUUUAAAUACAGCAAGUUUCGGAAAUAUCGUACAAAAAAUAAUAAUAAUGUUUCUUGUGCUAAUGGGAUUGUUUGCUAUUAAGUAUGCGCACAGUUUUGACAAAUCAACGGAUACACAAGAUAUUUUUUUCAUCUCUACAAUUUUAAUAAACAUUGAAAUUAUUCUUUUAUCGGUGUUGUUUGGAUUACUACAUAAUAAAAUUGCGUGGAAAAGUAUUUUCAAAAUCAUCGAUAUGGAAAAAACUGAUAAAUUCACUAAAGAUAUACGCUAUUGGUUUAUUUUUGCUUGGAUAAUUUUGGUAAUUGGACGGAAUGUGGUAUUUUUAUUGAGAGCUUUCUCUUGGAUUAGAUUAGUACAAGAAAUUAUCAUAAUUUUUACAAAUCUUCAAUAUGCAGUUGCUCUUACAAGCUUCGUAGAAAUCACACGUAUAAUAACUUAUGAACAAACCAUUUUGCUAUCAGAAAUUGGAAAAAUAUCAAUUAAUUACAACCCAUACAUUUUAGUUCAUAUUAAAAAAGUCAAAAACACUUAUAAAGAUUUAUUUUUCUUGGUUCAAAAUGUUAAUAACAUUUAUGGAAUUUGGUUUUUCAUCUCCCUCGCAUCAUCAUUUAUUCUGUUCAUGUAUGAUGUUAAUUUAUUGAUCAACUUAAUUGAAAAUUCUGGCGAACAGUUAACAGUCGAUAAACCGUCAAUAAUAGCGAUUUUGGUUUCAUAUUCUGUGAGUAAAAUAUUUUUUAAUAAAUAUGUAUCAUUAUUUCAUUAGUUUUAAAAUUUACACAAACAUGAUUCAAUUAUAAGUUUGUAUUAAAUUUAUAAAACAAAUUUACCAUAAACGAAUAGUUUAUACAUUAAAUCUCCAAGUACCUUGAAA